CGAAGAGAAUUAGAAUUCGGGUUUUCGAAGGCGGUGUAUUUCCGAAAUGCGCGGUGUUCAAGCAAAGCCAGAGAGACGACGACCUGUUUUGGAGCGAAAGACAUCCUUUGCUAAGAAUCAUAGGGUUGUUCCCUUCAAUGCCGAACCAAGGCCAACUGACGAUCUCUGCAAGCAUUUUGAAGACUUGAUGAGAUUGUAUCAGGCGGAUUGCAAAGAUGACAAAGACUUGCAAGACUUCGACGCCGAACUCAGCUCCAGCGCCAAAGAAGUCAUCCGCAGUACCGGUCUUGAUCGGUUUAAGCAAUGCCUAAAGUAUCUGACGCAUUCCAACUAGAAGAUGGUGAGGGUAAUCUUGUCAUGCAAAGAACGGAUACUUAAGGCGCCAGAGGGUGUGCAGGCGAGGAUGGUGAUGACGGCGAAUGAGAAGCUCUUAGAUAAAUAAGUACCUAGUGCGACAACAAUUGAAAGGAAACAAAUAAGUACGGAUUACACUGUUAGUAUCCACUAACAGCUAGCAAAAAAGACCAGUGAGUGGCAGACAAAUACUCAAUUAGUGCGACAAUAAUUGAAAGGAAAGGAAACAAAUAAGUACUUGGUGCGACAAUAAUUCAAAGGAAACAAAUAAGUGCGGAUUACACUGUUAGUAGUUUAGUACCGACUAACAGCUAGCAAAAAAGACGAGUGAGUGGCAGACAAGGAAGACCUUAAUUCAAAGAACGUACAAAUUAAUCAUGCAAACCCACUCAGCAAAAGCAUGUGACAAGAUUCUUAUCACUAUGCGGUCCUUUUGCUCGAUCGAGUUUUAACCAAUCACAACACUUCAUAGCCUAUAGCUUUUCCCUUAAGAAGUCGCACCAAGUCCAUACAGGUCGAUCGGUGGGAAGGGCUUGAUAAGCUUGAUCAAAUGCAGAGCUGUUGGUUACCGGAGCAAGAGAAGUUGAGAGCUUGUCAGUGGGUUGCACAGUGGGAAUGAAGGGAGUGAGAAAGUUAAGUCGAAAGAUCUUUAAAAAGAUUUGCAAACGUGAUGGAGAUCUUUGGAGAUAUUACGAGGACGCUUGCAAGAAUGAAGAAGAUUUCCUAACUGAACUGGGGAAGUUCCUAGAGUCGUAUGAAAAAUGUUUGAUUCAAAUUACGAAGGUGGGAAACAACGACGGAGGAAUUGAUGAUGGUUACAUGAGGAUUUUGGAGAAAUUGAAGAAUGUCAAGGGGGCCUCAGGUAGAGUCCAUGAUCAGCAUUUUGCGGAACAAAUGUUGCUCGAAAAUGUUAAAUGUUUGAUGAAGCGGCGAGAAGAUUUGCAUGAAGAAUUGAUUAGCCAAAAAGGAAAGCCUCGCAAGAAGUAUGAUUGUACUCGUGCUUGGAGACGCUGUUUGAGGAUGGUCACUAAUAUAUUGUUCAUUGGUGCUGCAGCUGCUGAGUUUGCCUGCACAGUUGUGGCAGCAGUUAUGGCUGCUCCACUUGUUGCACUGGCCGUUGCUGCUACUAUUAUCCCAACACUAGCCGGACAGCAUUGGACUCUGUCUUGGAUUGAGGAUUGUGAAAUUCCUUUCGAGUAUCCGGAUGAUGUAAUUCGCUUAAUGCAAUCCGGAACUGUGCUUUCCAUUAAGGAAUUGGGAGAAAUUCAGACGCGUCUCGAUCGUGUUGUAAAUGACAUAAAAUCACUCUUAUCCCAUCUCAACUCUGUAAUUGAGGAUGAAGUAAAUCUCAAUAUGAAAAGUAUUGAGCGUCUUCUCAAGAACAUUAAUGAAUUGAUGGAAAGAGCAAGGAAUUCCAAGUCCCAGAUAUUAGAGGCAAGAGAUGAGGUUUCUACGAGCAUCAAGAUCACGAAGGGCAUAUAAAAGAGUAAGAUUUAAUUAUAUUUGAGUUAAUGUUAAUUAAGCACUUAAGGCCAAUCACAAAAGAGGCCAGAAUAGCACCAAUAAAGUUGAUAUAUUAACCAAUGAUUUUUACGAAGAGGAAAGGCCUAUAACAUGCUCAGCUGGUCACACUCAUUU